AUGUUCAGUCAAUUCGCCAAAGAAGGUCGCCAGAACCAGUUGUACGACGAGGGUGCUCGUCUCGUUGCAGGAUGUGUCCCCAUUGACAAGCGUGGACGUCGUGUGCUGCUGGUGGCCAGUUCCAAGAACGAGGGCGAGUGGGUCUUGCCCAAAGGCGGUUGGGAGAACGACGAAACUCAGGAGGAAGCUGCUUUACGCGAGACGUGGGAAGAAGCCGGAGCAAUUGGUAAAAUUGUAGCACAUCUGGGCGAAUACGAACACAAGUACAACAAGAAGACAGGACACGCCGAGUCGAUCUUUUUCUUUUUCGAGAUGGAGGUUGAAAGGAUGGAGGAGAAGUGGCCCGAGAUGAAGAAGCGUGAGCGUCGCUGGUUCACGUAUGAGGAGGCUAAGCAAAUAGUGUCCAAGAAGGUGAUGCGGAAGGCCUUGGAGCAGUGCUCAUUGGCUGGGCGUUGA